AUGAUGGUAGACAGAUAUCGACGUUGGGCUAAGGCCCUUGGACAAGAGUUACUUAGGUACAGGAAAUUGGUAAAUCAAAAAAUUGGAGCAGGAUUAUUCAGGGGAGUUCCUGCUGUGGGAAAUGUUGGAAAGACAGGAUAUAAGCAACAGAGGCUAUAUCCUCUACUGCUUUCAUGUUCGGGUCGUUCUAGUUCUUUUCUUUCAAUAAGGAGAGUAUUCGAUGGUCCCAAGUGUAAUCUUCUGUCAGUCUUGUUACAAAGAGCUACCAUUACUCCAUCCAACAAGUCUUCAGUGUUCGAUAAGUUACACCGAUCGAGGAUUACAGAGUGUACAAAUACUGCAGUAAAGAAUAUCAAGAAAUCUUUACAAAGCACCAAUAUAAAACGUUCCGUAUCAUACGAAGCUGACUUGUUCAAAUUGAUGAAUGAGCAGAGAGUGACACGUGGUUCGUAUAUUGAUUUUGAACUACCCAGUUUAUCUACGCCAUUUGGAAAUGUUGCCUUUUUAAGUGAAACUAGCUUGAGUAGCUGGAAAUAUCAAUUAGCUAAAAUAGAUAAAAUUAGAAAAAUGGUAGAGCAAAUAUUCAACACCUACGGUUCAUUACCGGUCACAAAAUCUAAUGGUAAUAUACGAAUUCAUUUUACAAACUCCAGUGCUGUAGAGACUGAAAGGUUGAUUGCUGAUUUAGGUAUUACAGAAGGAAUCGUAUUUCCGGAUGACUAUUCUGAAAUAUUAUCCGGAUAUUCAUCAACGGAAAAUCUACAAGCUUAUCACUUUUCGCCCGUCCUCUCUGAAUGUAACUGA